UCUAACAUCUCCUCCCUUCUAUAUAUAUAUAACCCUUUCUCUCUUCUUUUGAUUUCCAUCAAACGGUGUAUUACAGUUGAAGCAGCCGGGUCUCAAACACCAUGAGAGGAACAUCAACGUUAUUACCUCUUUGUCUCUUGAUGUCAUUGCUUUUAUCAUCCUACGCUCAAACAUGUUCCCGAUAUACCUUCUCCAGCAACCGUGUCUUCAGAUCAUGUUCCGACCUUCCUGUCUUAAACUCCUUCCUCCAUUACAACCACGACUCAUCUGGUAAGCUCGAGAUUGCUUACAGGCACACGGCGAUCGGGUCUUCGAGAUGGGUCGCAUGGGCCAUAAACCCCACCUCGAAAGGCAUGGUCGGCUCACAAGCACUCGUCGCUUAUCGAAGAACCGAUGGAACCAUGAGGGUUUACACAUCGCCCAUCACCCAAUACCAGACACAGCUGCGAGAGGGUAAGCUCAGUUUUGAGGUGUCGGAUUUGUCUGCGACGUACGAGAACAAUGAGAUUACCAUAUUUGCUACUUUGGGUCUUUCGAACAAUGGAACCACAUUGAACCAAGUUUGGCAAGAAGGUGGUCUGUCAGGGAACACCCCACAGAUGCAUGUUACUUCUGGUCCUAAUGUUCAGUCCAUGGCUACCUUGAAUCUGCUUUCUGGUGAGACUGCAACAACUAAUGGAGGCGGCUCUAAGCUUAGAAAGAGAAACAUACAUGGGAUCCUAAACGCAGUGAGUUGGGGCAUUUUAAUGCCAAUCGGUACUAUAACAGCAAGGUACUUGAAGGUGUUCAAAUCAGCCGAUCCAGCCUGGUUUUAUCUCCACGCUGCUUGUCAAUUCUCGUCCUACGUUGUCGGCGUCGCCGGAUGGAGUACCGGUCUCAAACUCGGCAGCGAAUCUCCCGGUAUUCGAUUUGACACCCAUCGAACCAUUGGAAUCGUCCUUUUCAGCCUCGGAACACUUCAGGUAUUCGCACUGCUUCUAAGGCCAAAACCAGACCACAAAUACAGGUUGUACUGGAAUAUAUACCACCAUCUGGUGGGAUACGCUGUGAUAAUCCUCAGCGUGAUCAACGUAUUCAAGGGAUUCGACAUCUUGAAACCCGACGAUAAAUGGAAGAAUGCUUACAUCGGUGUCAUUGUGGCUUUGGCUUUCUGUGCUGUCGUGUUGGAAGCGUACACAUGGUUCGUUGUUGUAAAGAGGAAGAGGUCGGAAAGUGCAGGUAAAUUGCAGCAUGGUUGUGGAAAUGGUAAUGGCUAUGGUGCUAGGUCACAGCAGGCUUAGAAACUUUGUUCCAUUUCUUUUUUCUUUUUUUUCGAUAUAAAUUUUAAAGUUCAGUCUGUUUAUAUUAAUGUUGGAUCCUCAGGUAUGUUGAUGUAUGAGAUUUUCAGAGGGAACGUAGAAAUAGAAGUUAUUCUAUUAUUAUACACUUUUUUGUG